AUGGCGAUAUGGCCCUUUAAUCGCAAGAGCAAGCGGCACACCAUCCAAGUGACCGGUGCCGAAGCUGCUGACCUUCGCUCCGCCUUUGCUGAUCCGAUGAUGGAGCCUACCCUGGGCCGCAAACCAUCCAAACGCCAUAGCAACCGCACGACACGGACGGAUGCUGCAGACAGCCGGCGCAGCUCGGCCCUCGUGCCGUCGAAUCGACCUAUCUCAUCGUUAGACCGCCCUGCUUCCAUUGCCGAUCAUCCACGGAACGCGCCACGCGACCCUGCGAUCUCGAGAACAGCUUCGCUGCUGAGGCGGAAGCCAAGCCAAAAUGCAAAUGCAAAUGUCCCGAAUAAGCUACGACGGAAGCUGAGCAAGCGGAAGGCAAAUGAGAUCAUGCGCGAGCGUGAGAUUCGUAUGCUCUCGUCGACCCCUCCCAUCGAUAUUCCCCAUCGUCCGACUCUUAGCAGCGGGGACCAUGUACUGGAAAGUCGCCGCCGAAAGGCAAAUGGUAGACGUGCCGACCGGUACAUGUCUGACAUCAGCCUCAGCAUCCGUGACUCCGCCUCCUCUAGGUCUGACAUCUCUGACCCAUACACCUAUAAGGUCAACGCUUUUGCUGCCCUGACUCCACGCCCUGUUGUUCGUUACGUCGAAGCCCCUCGCCUCCAACCCGACAGAAGUACCAACCCGUCUGCUUCCAGCCGACAUGACAAAGAGAGGCUCCAGGCCCUGAACAUGUCCGAGGAAGAUUUCUACUAUUCCAAACGACGAGUAAAUGAACUCGCUGAUUCAUUAGAUGCUGGGGCUUUGAGAGAAUUGCUUGACCGGGACCGUCGCCGCCGGGAGAAGAAGCAGGUCGUCGACCAGGAAAGACUUCGACGUAAGCUGCAGGAGAGGGCUGAUGCUCAGCAAGCGGAGGAACGAAGACUCCAGGCCGCUGUUGAGGCCGCUACCGAGGCCGAAAUUGCUCAUCCCGAGCCUUUCGUCGCUGAGGUCACUGAACCCGAGGACGUUCUCCCGAACGAGGAAACCACCGCCCCUCAAGUUGAUAAACCGACGGUCAUCGCACCGGAGAAUGAAUCGUGGCUGCUGGGGGCUUCCAAGAGCAGUGAGCACACCGGACGCGAAUCGCGGGAAAGUUCUCGCGUAGUUGACGAUAGUUCUAUUCGUGAACGGAGAUUGGUUCAGCGUCCUAGUUUCGCCAUGUCACAUGACAUCACCAUGUCCCGAACUACUCUUUCCCCAUCUCAUUCAUCAAUUCGCCAUGGGCUCAAUUCCCCGAGCCAUUCACAAGUCGGUGGACCCGGCUCCACAUCGGACGUCUCAAGGGGGGUUGAUUCAGAACGUCGACUUUCCGACACCAGCGGCCGCCGGGGGAAUACCAUUACUUCGCUGUUCAGACGUGGUUCUUCUCGUCUCAAGCGGACAUACAAGGAGCGAUUCCACGACACUACCCCUGAAGUUUCCAACGCCUCGCAUGAAUCUUUCUACAAGAUUCAGACCCAAUCAUCCCCUCCUCAGCCCUCGGUCAUCCCUCCGAGAAUUCUAAUGCCCACUGGAACCGUGAAGCGCUCUCAAUCCAAGUUCACUGAACACUUCGGCGAUGAACCACUGUCGCCUCCUGACUCGCGCCUACAGUCGCCAGAUAUCCCGGAGGAAGUGCUAGAGUCCUCUCUCGAGAAUGACGCGACUUUCCUGCGUGAACCAAGCCCUAGUCCCGGUGUGGACAUUAAAAACCCGAACCGAAGUCAUCAUCGGUCGUGGGCUUCAGAUAGUAUGGACCUCGAGGCCGAUAAUGUGCCACUUUCCCAAUCUCUAGCUUCAAUUGACUCCGAGGGAUCUUGGAUGUCAGGCCAGUUUUUCCGUCGCAUGUCACAAAAGCCCAGCAGUCCUGUUCGAUCCAAUUUGACCUCAUUUGGCCGAGACUCGGUAGAGGUCCCGGCAGAUGCUUCCGAAGAAGUUGAAUCACUGGAUGAGUCCCACCGUCUUAGCACAAAUAUCCUUCGCGAUCCAGAGUUCGAACCGGAAGCCUCUGACAGUCCGGCAAACAUUGUCGCUGAAAAAUGGCACAGUGAGGUCGGCCGCCGCCCUGUUCUAGUGAACCCAGUGGUCCGUCCCAAGUCUACACAAGGACUGCUCAGAGGGUUCUCUUCAUUGACCCCCAUCUCUGCAGAGGAAGAUUACAUUGUGGAAGAGACAACUCCUUCCGGGUUGCAGCGGAUUCCCAGCGAGGAACUCAGGAUUGGUUAUGCCGAAUAG